AUGGCAGUUUCCAAAGACAUCGUCUGGGUUGGGGGCACGAUCUCUUGCCCCAAAAUUUUGUUUCCGGGAGCGACGGUCCAUAACCUUGCAGACAGCAUGGAGCAGGCUCGCCUCUUGCAGCGGGCGCGCAUCAACAGUUCCUUCACAAAGGUGACGGUUGCGGAUGGCCUGAGGGUGACGAGCGGUGAGUGUGUCGUGAUGGGCAUUGUGGGCAGCAAAGUCCUUCAGCGGCAUGUUCAGCAAGCCAUGUCAAUCCAGAGUUGCAAGGGCAUGGGCUUCCUAGUUGGCGACGUGCCUAAGACGGACUUUCUCCAAGAAAUCCCAGGAUGGACAUACGCCCUGCGAGAGCUCCACUACAGCCAGUUUGGUGAAGGUCAUUCACACGAGGGUUGCGCAGUGCUUCUUGUCCUCGUGAAGGGCAAUGUCGAAGGGUUGGCAACCCGGCUGGCGUCGCUGUGCGGGGAAGGUAUGAGCCAGCGCACGUGCCCCUGCAGCGCCUGUCCGGAUCCAGAUGGCCCACGGUCCACCAUGAGCUUGGUGUCGACGCCGUCGGACGAGAAGAUGAAGGAUGCUGUGGAUCUGCUGCGCCAGGGCGCGCCCGAAGGCCCGCACUACAUCGACUCGAGCCGCAAGCGCCGUAAGAUUUCGACAACGCCCUUGAUGACAACUCGAUCGUCCAGGAACCUUGUUCUGCUCAACGGCGAUGUGUACGUGCUGGGCGUGAAUGAGGCACUCAUGUCCUUGGGAUGGUGCGAUGAUGUGAAUCUCCACUUGCUAGGCAGUCUCGCAACCCAGCAAUCAGUAAUCAGUGGUCUGUUGCCAAAGGCGCUUGUCAGGGCAGCUUGCGAAGCAACGCUGAAGGUAACUCACAGCAUGUGA